AUGGGGAUUGACGAUGGUGCAACUGCUGAUGCUAACCGGCCACCACCCGCUACUAUUGCAGGCGCUUUGAAUUCGGCCUCUCAGUCGUUGGUGGGAUCCAAGCCUCUCGAGGCCAGUGAUGCUCGUGCCAUACAAAGCGCGGAAGCUCGAGCCACUGGAAUUCCGGCCGGCGUGAAAGGUGGUGUCGGAGCUGCUGCGCAGCAUGCAGUGGACAAAGGCGAGCCGGUUACAGUCGGAGACGUGCUUCGUGUGAGUAUAUCUCUUUUUGUGCUUUUCGCUGCGAAGAGCGCCGAGCAGCGAAACAAUCCCGACAGCGUCGUUUCUCCGGGUGGUGUCGCUGCGUCGAUGCAGUCGGCCGCGGAUCACAACAAGGCUGCAGGAUACGCUUGA